AUGAUCAAUUACAACGUAUAAAGGAAACACACCGCUCAUAUGAUGCACUGCAAUAUCCCAUUAUAUUUUGGCAAGGUGAAGAUGGCUACGAUUUCUCAAUAAAAAUGAUAAAUCCCAUUGCAGGUUCUGAAACCAACAAAAAAGUCAGUUCAAUGAACUAUUAUUCAUACCGCCUAAUGAUUCGGGAAAAUGAAGAUAAUCACAUAUUGAAAUGUCGGCGAUUAUAUCACAAAUAUGUUGUUGACAUGUAUGUUAAAAUUGAAACGGAAAGAUUAACAUUCAUCAGGUUGAAUCAAACCAAACUCCGAUCUGAAGAGUAUAUUCACCUUCGAGAUGCGAUUAAUACUGAUGGAAAUGCACAGAAUGUCGGUCGGAUGACUAUUCUUCCAGCAACAUACAUCGGAAGCCCUCGGCAUAUGCACGAAUAUGCUCAAGAUGCCAUGUCGUAUGUUCGUCAUUAUGGUACAGCAGAUUUGUUCAUCACAUUUACAUGCAAUCCGCAAUGGAUAGAAAUCAAUCAGGAGUUAUUCUCUGGGCAAUCACCCAUUGAUCGUCAUGAUAUUACAGCCAGAGUCUUUAGACAAAAGUUGAAAUCUUUAAUGAUUUCAUCGUAAAACAUAAUGUGUUUGGUGAGACACGCUGCUGGAUGUAUUCUGUGGAGUGGCAGAAACGAGGAUUGCCACAUGCACACAUUUUGAUUUGGUUGGUUGAAAAUAUAAGGCCAAAUGAAGUUGAUGCAGUGAUAUCAGCUGAAAUCCCUAAUGUACAAGUAGAUCCUGGAUUGCAUGAGUAGUUAUCAA